AUUCUUUAUUACCAUUGGUAGGCCGUUCGUAUAUUCUCUGUGACGGUUGUGAUCGUUGGUCGUACUAAUCGUUGAUUUGAUUCAUUUUUGUUAUUCCUUCUUGUUCCUUCGAUCGAGAAACUGCGUUGAGGGUAGUUUUCGUUAUUUCUUCUCGUCUAAUACUGUGUGUGAGGUAUUUUUAUAGUCUUAUAUUUAGGUAGUUAUUCAAGAUGCCGCUUAUAACUCAGGAUGAAAAUACAAUGCUGACAGGAUCGGCAAGACUGGAUCGAUUCAAGAACAAAGGAAAGAAUUUAGAUGAGAUGCGCAGGCGACGCAGCGAGAUGAGCGUGGAGCUACGCAAGGCGCGGAAGGACGACCAGCUCCAGAAGCGCCGGAACAUCGACGCGGAGGACGAGCCAUUGUCGCCCCUGCAGGAGAGCAACGGCAAGGGCGGAGCCCCCGCCAUGAGCAUCGACAUGAUAUACCCCGCAAUGAUGAGCGGAGACCCCGACAGGCAGCUGGCGGCGACGCAGGCGGCCCGGAAGACGCUCAGUCGCGAACGUAACCCGCCCAUUGACACCAUGAUAAACGCUGGCGUGGUUCCUCUCUGCAUCAAGUUCUUGGAGAAUUUCGGCCACCCUGCCCUCCAGUUCGAGGCGGCGUGGGCCCUGACCAACAUAGCGUCGGGCACGAGCGAGCAGACGGCCGCCGUGGUGGACCAGGGGGCCGUCCCGAGGCUGGUGGGCCUGCUGCGGUCGCCCUUGCAGCACGUGGCGGAGCAGGCGGUGUGGGCCCUGGGCAACAUCGCCGGCGACGGGCCGGCGUCGCGGGACCUGGUGCUGGCCGCCGGCGUCAUGCCGGAGCUGCUGCGGCUCGUCGCUCCCGACAUCGGCAUGUCGUUCCUGCGCAAUGUUGUCUGGACAAUCUCGAACCUGUGUCGCAACAAGAACCCACCGCCGCCUUUCGAGGAGGUGAAGAGCUGUCUGCCGUACCUAGAGCAGCUCUUGAAGUAUUCCGACAAAGAUGUCCUAGCCGAUACCUGCUGGGCCCUGUCGUACCUCACGGACGGCAACAACGACAAGAUCCAGGCCGUGGUGGACAUGGGGGUGGUCCCGGAGCUGGUGAAGCUGCUGGCGUCUCCGGAGGUGUGCGUCCUCACCCCGGCCCUCCGUGCCGUCGGCAACAUAGUCACGGGCAACGACACCCAGACGGACGCGGUGAUCCAGAGUGGGGCCAUCCCCCUGCUGAAGGGCCUGCUGAGGCACGAGCGCAGCAACAUCAUGAAGGAGGCGGCGUGGACCGUGUCGAACAUCGCGGCCGGCAACGCGGACCAGAUCCAGGCGGUGGUGGGCUGCGGCCUCCUGCCGGACCUGGUGCUGGUCCUCUCCUCGGGCGACUACAAGUCGCAGAAGGAGGCGGCGUGGGCGGUCACGAACUAUACGUCGGGGGCCAGCGUGCAGCAGAUGGUGGAGCUCUUGAAGAGCCAGGUGCUGCCCCCCUUCUGCCGCCUGCUCGACAGCCAGGACUGGAAGGUGGUCACCGUGGUGUUGGACGGCCUCGCCAACAUGCUGCAGAUGGCGGAGAGGACCGGCAACCUGGAGGAGGUGGCCCUCAUGAUCGAGGAGUGCGGGGGGCUGGACAAGAUGGAGGCCCUGCAGAGCCACGACAACGAGAAGGUGUACCAGAAGGUGGUGCACCUCAUCGAGGUUUACUUCUCUGGGGAGGAUAAUGUGGAGCUGUCGCCAGAGCAAGUGAACGGUCACUACGACUUUGCUCCGCACGACGAUGUUCCAGAAGGAGGCUACUCUUUCUGAGUCGGCCUCGGCUUCCCGAACGCUCUCACAAUCUCACUUACUACACUGUCAUUUUUAUUGAAUUUUUUUUAGAUUGAUUACUGUUUUUUGUACUUGUGUGUCUUGUCUGGUCUGUACCAUGUAGUAAUAAAUUUUUGUAAUUUCCUGCUGAAA